CAUGGAUGCUGUUAGAAGACUACUAUUGACCAAACAUGAAACAAAGUUGCAAAAAUUACUUGAUAAUAAAAACAAUUUUUUUUUCGCUACCGACUUUCUUGUACAGGAAGGCGUCUACAACUGUGAACAAGGUCAAGACAAUAAGCAGAGCUAUGAAGAAAGCAAUGACAAAGCAAAUAUAAUAGAUGCAACUAUUAAUGAUAUUUUCAACAAUGAAUUCUCCCUGACGGGACUGUUCAGUGAAAUGGACAAUAAACAAUCACAACAGUUGGCUCAAAACUUUACCGACGAAAAGAAAGUUGAAGUUUGGGAAAAUUUGAUAAAACUUGUCAAAAUGAGGCGAAAAGAAGAACUUUCAAAUGUUCCAAUCCUUCCAUUGAGACAAAAUAAUAGACAAAAAUUAGAUAGUUUUAGAGUUCCAUUAAAACUGUCACAGACUAAGGAAAAUGUUGAAAAUGAAGAAACAACAGUUGAACUUGAGGAAGAAGAGGUUUUUCAAGAAAUAUUUGAAAAAAAAAUAAAAGAAAAGAAAUGGAUAUUUGUGGGAUGUCCUGGAGCAGGUAAGACUCUUCAAAGUCAACAAAUCAUCUACAACUGGUCCAACGACAAGGAGGCGGCUUAUCAGUUAAAACACCAACUGCUGCUCUCUAUAAAUGUUAGUCGAAUAGAUGAGGAAGCCAACAGUCUAUCUGCAGUGGUGAAAAAGCAAAAUUUCAACAGCCAAAUAUUUGACUACAUCAGAGAAGAUACUGUAGAGGCAUUGUUGAAAGAUGAUAAUUCAAAGACAACUCUCUUGAUAGAUUUAGGUAAGGAAUGUUUUUUGAAAAAGCAGUGGAUAUCAACACUUUUAUUGCAAGAAAAAUAUCCAAUAAGAAUGAUUAUCUGGGUGGAAAGUUUACAAAACAAUGAUUUAAGAAUAAAUGCUGCUGGUGUAUUUCAACUGUUAAAAUUUAAUGAUCAACAAAUUCAAGCAUUAUACACAAAAAUGGUGAAACAGCAAAGUAAACAAUUAUGGGACUUCAACUCGAAAUUAAGGCAAUUGAGUGAAACUCCAAAGAUUGCUAUGAUAAUCUCGAGCCUUUGGUUAGAAAACAAGGACCUGUUUAACAAGAAGACUCCAUAUUCUAUGUUGGAUCCAAUAUGCAAAUAUGGCCAGCACUUUGAAGAGAAAGAUGUUCAAAAGAAUUUCUUUCAAUUUUGUUUCAACAACAUCAUACAAGAAGAUGGUAGCCCAAUUCAAGAGUUUGACAAAAUAGAGGAAAUAGCGAAAUGCUAUUCAAAUGUUCUAUUUACAAAAGUUGAUGACACUCACUCUGAGCCUAAUUUGAAAUUUCAUUGCAACUUGUUCAAAGAGUAUUUUGCAGCAAAACAUUUAGAAACACAAGUUGAAAAUAUGAAGAAAGCAAAGGAGAGCGAUAAUAUAAUGGAAAUGGAAAAUAUUUACGAAAUCAUCAAUAGAACUAAGAAUCCAAAGAUUUAUAAUAUAAUAGCAUUUCUUGCAGACUACUGUGAGAAAACCUACAACAAAAUGAUACUGGAACCCUGCUUUAAAGAUAAGGUUUUGAAAGAUAAAGAUUUACAAGAAUUAAUUAUUGGCAAUGAUUCUCACCAAACAGUCAGAGUGAAAAAGGAGACAUUAAACGAGUAUACAAUAGGAAUCAUCUUUAAAAGGUUUCAAGAGGAAAUUGAGGAAUUGGAGCUGAGCGAAUGUACAUUUAGAGAUGAUUCAGAUAAAAUCUGCUUCUUCGAAAGGAUUAGCAAUUGUAAAAAAUUGAAAUGUUUAAUCUUUGAAGAAGAGGAAAUCAGGCUAAAUGAUCUGGAAAUGAAUUUUGAUAAAUUACUCAAAUCAGUUUUGAACAUGAAAAAGUUGAAAAAGCUCAUUCUCAAGUCAACAACAACACCAAUAAACACAAGGGAAUAUGAUAUUGAAGCAACAGCAAGUGACCCAUUUUACGAAGACAAAGAUUCGGCUACUUUAAGAAUUACUCUAUCAAAUCUUGACAAAAAAUAUGGGUUAGGUCUUGUCAUCAGUAUCAAAGAAAACGAAAUAGUUGGAGUAGAGUACUUUAGUAUUGGAAUGAACGAUGAAAUAACAACAGGAUUUGUAGAAAUGAUAACAAAUAUUCAUACUUUGGAAUCAAUUACAUUAAAUAAUAAAAUAUUAAAAAGUGAAUUUUGUAAACAAUUCUUUCAUCAACUGGAAAGUUUAGAAAAUUUUAAAAAAUACUUUUAUUAUAAAUUGUCAAUUGGAUGA